UUUAAAAUGAUUCCGCAACACGUUUACCUGUCACUUGCAUUUUUCUACCUAUUUUUUUACAUCUACGCAAUGACGGAAGGAAAUUGUGGAAAAUAUUAUUACUACGAUGCACCUACAGGGCAGUGUAGGGAUUGUGGAUGGCUAUGUGACACGCCGGCUUCUUAUCCAGUUUCUUGUGACUGGCUUUGCCCAGAUUACGCAGCUAAAAAUCGCGUGACACCACAACCUCCUUCUCAAGAUAAUAGCUUGGAAUUAAACAUACCUGUUUUGGUUAUAAGCGUAAGCGCUUUUUUGAUCCUCGCGGCAUUAUUAUACUUGCUAUGGAAGAAAGUUUUGAAGAAGAAGUUUCGUAAUAUUCUUGAAACUUUCCGGAACAGAAAGUUACGACGCCCAGUCCAAGCUCAGAAUGGCAACGACGGGGUUCAGUAUGAAAUGGAACGACUCACCAGCAUUGACUCUAAUCUUGACAACGCAGGUUCAUUAGACAGUGUCGUCGGUGAUUUUGAGGAGGAAGUUAUCGCUUCUCUAAACUACAUAGAAGCGAAUGGGUUGUCUCCAACACACAGAAUCGAUGAACUUCAUCUGCCUAAUAUCACAUAUGAAUCCGAGAAUAUGGACAGUUUUACAAGCGGUGAUUUUAAUUUUGGAGAAACAUUUCCAUUUCAUUGGCUAGAAUCUCUGGACAACGUGUUGGAAUUCAGUAGUGAUGAUACGCAUAGAAAAAGCUAAAUGUUGUUGUAUUUUUUGUUGUUUUUACGUUGUUAUUUUUCCCACAAAAUAA